UGAUGAAUGUGCGAGGUACAAGGAGCAUGUUGGAGAUGGCUAAAAACAUGAGUCAUUUACAAUUAUUUUGUCAUGUUUCAUCGGCAUAUUGUCAUGUACAUGAAAGGAUCAUAUAUGAGAAAGCUUAUGAUCCUCCUGCGGAUCCUGGAAAAAUUGUUGAAAUAUGUGAAAAUUUGAGUGAAGCUGAUCUUUCUGCAUUUACGCAUAAGAUUUUAGAUAAUUAUCCAAACACUUAUUGUUUUUCUAAAGCAUUAUCUGAAGGAUUGGUCAAUAAGGAAUUAAACAAAUUGCCAAUUAUUCUACUGAGACCUUCAUUAGUUAUUCCGGCAUUGAAAGAUCCUAUACCAGGUUGGACUGAUACAAUAAAUGGUUCCAUAGGUUUCCAAAUCGCAGCAGGAAAAGGCAUCCUGCGCACUCUCUACGCGGAUGUAACAAGAUACCCAGAUUUGAUACCGGUCGAUAUUACAGUCAACGCGUUUAUAUGCGCUGCUUACGAUUUCCUGCGGCAUCCUGAAAAUAAAAGACCAAGAAAUAUCUACAAUUUAACAACGUCUGACCAAUAUAAAGUCUCUUGGUAUGACAUAAUUUACAUCGGUAGGGAUGUCAUCCUUAAUUCAAUUCCUUUAAACUGGGUGGUGUGGUACCCGGGUGGGAGUAUUAAAGGAACUAGAUUUCAACACGAUUGUACAUUUUUUAUUCAACAUGUCCUGCCGUCAAUUAUUGUCGAUAGCAUUUUAUGGAUAUUUAAUCGACCACCAAUAUUAUUACCGAUUUAUAGAAGGAUACAAAAAGGAUUUGAAAUUUUAAAGUUUUAUAAUGGAAAACAAUGGGAUUUUAGUAAUAAAGAAUCGAGAACAGCGAUUGAUAGUUUAAAUCUUUAUGAGAAGCAAAAAUAUAACUUUCAUAUCACUAAAUUUGAUUAUAAGGAAUAUUUUAGGGAUUGUACUCUUUGUGCGAGGAGGUAUAUUUUAAAGGAAAGCGAUGAGAGUAUACCAAGGGCAAGGAAACAUAUGAAAAUGUAA